AUGGUCCAAACAUGCUGUGCAUGUUCCACUCUCUUCCGGUUUGAGAAGAAAGUUUGCCCUGUGUGGAGACUAGUUUUGACCUGAAGUUGAGAAGCUUUCAGGGCGUUAUCUGCAGCGUAGUAUUGUACAAACUUCCAAUGAAAAGAGUUUACAAGACGUCUAAUUCGUUGUUAUUUCGACCAACGAUUUCAAGAGGAGCUCUUUGAGCAAAAGGCCCAGUAGGAUGGAUGAAGCCCAAUGGCCUAUGCCUACUGACUCCUCCCCCUCCAGUAAUGGUAGAGAUGGAAGUCAUCAAGAUAUGUUCCAAAGGGAUCUAAUGUGCAGGGACUCAAGCGUUGCAGGCGUCACGCACAAUCCAGAUUCAUUAACACUGACGGGUGCAACUCCAGAGCUAUUUGAAGGUUUGGCGGCGCCGCAUCCCAACAGCGGCGGCCCGAUCGUCAUCAGCGACGGCUUGCGGAACCCCACCAUCGAGAAACUGGAGCGGGUGCGCAAGUGGAGCGUCAACACUUACAAGUGUACCAGACAGAUGAUGGCAGAGCGUCUGGGUCGCGGUUCUCGCACGGUGGAUCUGGAUCUGGAAGCCCGCAUUGAGAAGCUCAGAGACCUGCGCAGUCGUUACGAAAACGUCACUAAGCUGGCGCAGACCCUCGCCUCGCAGACUGCCCAGGUCACACAAACGCAAAGGCUUCUGGGAGAUGUAUUUGCAGACCUCAGCAUCAAGACCCCCGAGCUACACGAAGAAUUUGGUUUCAAUGCAGAGACUCAAAGAUUCCUAUCCAAAAAUGGAGAGGAGUUGCUGAGAUCCAUGAACUCCUUCACUGCCGGCAUGAACACUUUGGUCAACCAGACCAUUGAGGACACCAUGGUCACGGUCAAACAGUAUGAGAAUGCCAGGAUUGAGUAUGACGCGUACCGCACAGACCUGGAGGAGCUGAACAUGGGCCCACGGGAUGCCAUCACCAUGCCCAAGAUCGAGCAGGCCCAGGCCCUCUACCAGACGCACCGGCAGAAGUACGAGAAGACGAGGGACGACCUGUCCGUCAAACUCAAACUCCUGGAGGAGAACAGGGUGAAGGUCCUGCAGAAGCAGCUCAUCCUGCUGCACAGUGCAGUGGCGGCGUACUACGCCGGUAACCAGCAGAAGCUGCACCAGACGCUGCAGCAGUUCCACCGCAGGCUUCGCACGCCCCCCGACACAGGCCUGCAGUCUUGGCUGGAGGAGUGCUGAACACUACACCUCUUCUUGUUUUUCCUCCUUCCUGCCUUCACCCUCCUUUAUCGUGUCCUCUCUAUCCCUCUAUCCCCCUUUACCCUAUAAUCAUUUCCUCUAUUGGUAGUGGACACACACAUAUGCACACAUAGACAUUCACCGACACACACAAUUACACACAUGCUCAAAUACAAACCAAUGUCCGCACAUAGCCUUUUUUUGUUUUUUUAUUGGAGAAAAGUCUUGGUGGGUAAUGGGCUGAUGGGUAGUAGAGGACAAGAGGACUUGUUAAGAUCAAAGUGUUGUGGAAAGACCUGUGGAGAAGAAAAGUUUAGGGCUUAAUUUUCUGUAACUUAAUCUUCUCAUCUAAAUGGGAGUUAUAUUCUGUGUGGCAUCAUUUAUAGUUGAAUGGGCCAGUUACUUUACUGUUGUUAUUGAGAUUUUGUUAACCUGUCAUACAUUUCCAUGGCAUAUUUAUUGUGUUUCUUUCCAAAUUAGCCACAAAAUACGAUGUUUACAGUAUACCAUAUGCCUUAUGUAAGCAAAUGACCAAAGAAGCUGCUUGACCCAAACUGAGUACAGACUAGAGCAUGUACUGCAGUGUUGGGAUCACACUGCGUAUUAGAUCAUUUAAGAUGUAACCUUUACGGCUCAGGUGUUUUGUAACAGUAGAAAUAGGAAAGCUGACUGUUUCAAGUUAUUCGGUGGUCACAAGACUUCUCUGGUUAAAUCGAACCAUUCAUGUUAUCCCUGUCCCUCAAAACAUUCCUUUGUAUAUUGUUAAGGUGAUUUUUUGUGUUCGGAGUUUCCAGGCAGUUAUUGUAAAUUUGUACAUUGUACGUACUAUAGUUACUGAAUGAUAUACUCAUUAAAAAAAUAUAUUAGUAUAAAUUUGGAUAUAGACAGUAUGUAACGUCCAGAGGAUGUGCCAAAGUAUUUACCUGGCAUGCCCUCUGAUUUGUGCCUUACAUGUCACAACAGUAAUAUGCAAAAGUACUGGUGCAUGUGUGCAGGAGUCUACCUGUUACCUUAUAUUUUUGAUGAUGUUCAUAGCAAGAAAACAUGCAUUCUGUGCAUUCCAAUAGUUGCCAUUCUCUUUUUACCUCAAAUAAGCACCAAACUAUUAUGGGAUGUGCAAUGAAAAUACAAAUGUUUACUUCUUGAAUUCUAUCCAAACAAGGUUAUUGUAAAAAGGAUCUUUUACCUAUUCUUUUUUUUUGUCCAUGUACAGAUGCACGUAAAUGAGUGUGUGUUAAUGUAAUGAGUAUAUGCAGUGUCUUCUGCAUAAUGCAUUUCCAUCUGUUACAAUGUGGAACAAUUAAAACCACCAAAGAUGUGUUUGUUUUAAACAUCCCAAAUUUAUAAAGCAACUUAGUUUAAAGAUGGUGUUUAAUCACAUUACAUAAAGAAUGCAGAUUCCUUGUUUUCAUUGUGUAUAGAUAGUGAAAUGAGCUCACUGAAUGGAUCAUUUUGUUAUGGCAUCACUGGAACAUAACCUGCAUUUCCUAAUAGCUUACAGAAGCAUAUUAUGUUUGUUUACUUGGCAACAGUUACAAGCAGAGGAAAAUCGGGGCAACUAUCUUCUAUUUUUAUGGUAAUGUGUGACCAUGCUCUAUUAUCUGAAAUACCUUCAAGAUGGUCUGGGAAAUUGGGGCAAAGCUGUUCAAUUCUCCAGUUCCUACAGGGAGGUAAAAUGGGUUGCCAUAGUUUUUCCAUUGGUUCUGUGGGCACAGCUACAUUGGUGACUGGGAGUCCAUGGUAUGGCAGUAAUAUCACGACUCAUACUGUAUGUGUCUAGGUGUUUGAUGUGAGUAUAUAAAAAACAUGAUGCCUUAAAGUGGCUUGCAAAUAAAGUCUCUCCAUCACCA